AGACCGCGGCCACAAAGCCCUAAUCUAUCUGAAGGUUGUUUUAAUUUUACCUUAAUUCUCUCAAUUUUAGCUAGUUAUUCUCUUUCUUAUCCAACUGUUUCAUUAUCAAAACCCCGUUCAACCUCCAACACACGAGGCUUUUGGGGCUUAAUUUCACAAUCCAAAGACAAGGCCAUCUGCAGACUUUACGCACUGACAGGGCUUCAACUUCUACUCUUAACUCCUCUUAGUCUCUGGCACUGCUUGCUUUGCUUGUAAUUUUUAUUUAAUUUUGUUAAAAGGCUUCCUAAGAACGAUAUGGAUAGGUACCAGAGAGUGGAGAAGCCGAAAGCUGAAACACCUAUAAAUGAAAAUGAGAUUCGUAUAACCACUCAAGGAAGGAUGAGAAAUUAUAUUACUUAUGCCACCACUCUCCUUCAGGAAAUCAUUGACAUUUGGGUGGGUUACUUCAUAGGACCUACCCCUUCGAAAUUUCAUGAGGAGAAAGGAUCUGGUGAAAUUGUUCUUAAAGCAAUGGGCAGAGCUAUCAAUAAAACUGUUAUGAUUGCCGAACUAAUAAAGAGGCGGAUUGUUGGUCUCCACCAAAACACUUCAAUUGGAUCAACUGAUAUAACAGACACGUGGGAGCCACUAGAAGAAGGGCUUCUUCCACUAGAGACUACUCGCCAUGUUUCAAUGAUCACUAUCACAUUGUCAAAGAAGGAGCUCAAUACAUCAUCAUCAGGAUACCAGCCUCCUCUUCCUGCUGAUCAAGUGAAAGCGUGGAAUGAAUUUGAAGAUGAAGGAGAGGGUUCUCCAAGGACACAUGUUAAGGGGCGUGGUGGUCGAGGAAGGGGCAGGGGUAGAGGAGAUUAUAAUGGUGAUGGUUGGGAUGGUGGACGUGGCACUGGUGGCAGAGUUCAGGGACGUGCAAGAGGUCGUUCUUCUCAGGGUAGAGGAUGGGGUUAUGGUGGUCGAUCAGGUGGAUAUUACGAUUAUCGUGAAUAUGAUGCACUACCUCCACAACGUCGCGGGCGUGGUUGGGGAAGGGGACGAGGACGUGGCCGUGGUCGCAAUCCCAGAUCAGCAAUAGCUGCAUAAUCAGGGAAAGUUGCUGAAAUAUAAAAGUAAGGUGUUAGGUUGAAAAAUGAUAAGUGGAUGCCUGCUCUGCUUGUGUUUAGAUGAAGUUUGGUGAUAUUUAUGGGCAUUGUCUUUCAUUUUAAAUUGUGAAGUUUUGCAACUACAGUGCUUGCAGUUUCUUUAUUAAAGUAGAUUGUUGUAGCUUAGGAACAUUUUCUUAGUUAUUCAAUUUUGACAAAGUUUUUGACAUAGCAAGUUACAAGAUUGUACAAUUUUUCCCCUUUCAUAGGAAUAAUAGAGCAGUACAUUCUUUCAUUCUUAAUAUAAAUAGAUGUCCCAUGCAAACUUUUCUUGUUCUCA